AUGAACUUGAUCGUUGCUUUGCUCGUCGUGGCUCUCUGCGUGACGGCCUGUUCGGUACUUCUUCUGCUGCUCCUCGUGAUGCGUGGUGUUCGCUUCAACUUGCCGGCGAUAUCAGCAUCGGCGAUCUGGCCCACACAGGUUGAAGACAGCACCGUUGCGGCUCAACAGAACUCUGACUACAAUGGACAGCUGCAGAAGUUCGUCCGCCGCCAGCUAUCUGAGGGAGUGUCUGCAGCUUGUCUUCUUGACUCGGUCGCCGACGUCGCAGCCUUGAUCCGCAAUGGGCAACGUGUGCCAGGUCCAGAUGUGCAGGAGGUGUCGGACCUGCUGCCUGGCGUCGUCAGCACGGACUUUUCGACGCUUCGGGCCCGAGGGUGCCUUGGCAUCCUCGAUCACAGCGGCGGGACGAGGAUUGACCUCGUCGAGCACCCGGAUGAAGAGCUGCAGCUCUGCGCCUGGAAGACCAUGUCGAAAGCAAAACUCAUCAAGGAAGACAAGGUCAAAACCGUGGUAGGCGAGCGCCUCGUGCUUUUGACCACCUCCUGUUGCCGGUCCCCUUUCAUCCUUCGCUACCUCGGUUGCUGCCAGACACCGAGAUACCUCCGUUUCUGCAUGGAAGGCUUCGGUGCGAGCCUGCAUCAUAUCUACCAGCGCGAUAGGCUCUAUGGGAGCGAGCCCCAUGCAAGGUACUACAUGGCCAGCGUCAUUUGUGCUUUGCAGCAUUUGCACAGCUUGCACAUCGUCUUGCGGUGCGUGAAGCCAGAGGAUUGCGUCAUCUCUUUCCAAGGCAAGCUCCAGCUCUUUGACUUCCAGUUCUCGAAGAUCAUCGUCAACAAGACCUGGACAACGUGUGGGACACCGGAAUACUUCGCGCCCGAGGUCGUCGGCAUGGCGGGCCACUCAUUCGACUAUGACUGGUGGAUAGUGGGCAUCAUGAUGUACGAGCUUUUUGCAGAGGUCUCGCCCUUUGCCGAGCCCAAUAUGAUGGACACCUACCGCCGGAUCACGAAGUGCCAGUACACAUUCCCCAAAUCUGUACCCACAUCAGCAAGGAAUGUCAUCCGAAAGCUUUUGGUGAAGAAUCCUUCGAACCGGGCGCCGGGCGGGGCGAAGUCGCUUGCGAAGCACAGCUUUUUCCGGACAAUAUCUGCACCCCAUGGUUCCUGGGACUGCCUGCGUAAGACGGAGCCUCCGUUUACGCCAUCCUUUGCAGACGGGCCUUUCUCCGACAUCCAGAAAGCCAGCGACGAGGAGCUUGCUAAGUCCUGGGGUGCGCAGACCGGGUCAGAAGACCCGCCCAUCGUGCGGGAUGAGUGGGAGCAGUUCGGGCCAGUGGGGCCCUGUGAUGAGUUUCCUUGA